AUGUGGCCUUUGGGAGUCCUCGGCCUCCUGCUGUGCUCGGUGCCCACUCACCAACAGUUCCCACGGCUGUGCGCAACCCAGGACGCCCUGAGGAGGAAGGAGUGCUGCCCUCCGUGGGAAGGGGACGGCUCGGCCUGCGGGGCCCGCUCGGGCCGGGGCUCCUGUGAGGACGUCGAGGUCUCGGAACAACCAGACGGAGCGCAGUACCCCUUCUCUGGUUUGGACGAUCGAGAGAAGUGGCCCCUGGUUUUCUACAACCGGACGUGCCAUUGCGCAGGAAAUUUCAUGGGUUUCAACUGCGCGGAGUGUAGGUUCGGCUAUUUCGGAGUGAACUGCAACGAGAGGAGAGAGUCCCUCAGGAGGAACGUGUUCCACCUGACCAGAGCCGAGAGGAGCAGGCUGGUGUCCUACCUCAACCUGGCCAAGCUGACCACCAGCAGGGACUACGUGGUGGUGACCGGGACCUACAGGGAGAUGGAGAACGGCACCCGGCCCAUGUUUGCAGACGUGUCUGUGUACGACAUCUUCGUGUGGAUGCACUACUACGUGUCGCGGAGCGCGCUGCUCGGGGGGCCGGGGAACGUGUGGCCCGACGUGGACUUUGCGCACUGGGCCCCCGCGUUCCUCCCCUGGCACCGCGUCUACCUGCUGCACUGGGAGCGCGAGAUCAGGAAGCUGACCGGAGACACGAGCUUCUCCAUCCCUUACUGGGACUGGAGGGAUGCCCGGGACUGCGACGUGUGCACGGAUGAGUUGAUGGGGGGCCGGAGCGCCCGGGAUCCCAGUCUCAUCAGCCCGGGCUCCGUCUUCGCCUCCUGGAGGGUCUUGUGCUCCCAGGCUGAGGACUACAAUGCCAGAGGUGUGUUAUGUGAUGCCAGCGAUGAAGGCCCCGUGCGCCGUAACCCUGGAAACCACGACCGUAAUUUGGUGGAAAGAUUACCCACCUCUGCAGAGGUGGAGUUCACUCUCAGUCUGCCCAACUAUGACAGUGGAGCGCUGGACCGUAGUGCCAACAUGAGCUUCAGGAACACUCUGGAAGGAUUCGGGGACCCCCGGACUGGCCUGGGGAGCAGCUCUCGUUUGGGUAUGCACGCUGCUCUUCACGUAUUCAUGAACGGAUCCAUGUCCUCUGUGCAAGGCUCGGCAAACGACCCCAUAUUUCUCCUCCACCAUGCUUUUGUUGACAGUAUUUAUGAGCAGUGGCUCAGGAGGCAUCGGCCAUCUCCGUCCCAGUACCCAGAGUCUAAUGCUCCCAUAGGGCACAACAGUGAUUACUACAUGGUGCCAUUCCUUCCCCUCCACAGGAACAGGGAGUACUUUAUUUCAAGCAAAGACCUUGGAUACGAGUAUUCCUACUUGCUGGAUGCCAACCAGAGGCUUGCAGAAUCCAUGCGUCCCUAUCUGGAGGAGCUGCGGGACGUGUGGCCCUGGCUGCUGCUUGUGGGGAUGUGCGGAGGAAUUAUAGCAAUAACCAUGGCCGCCGCUUUCCUCACUGCCAAACGGCGAUACGGAGGCUCGUCCUGGGCGCACGGGAAGAGCUGGAGAAAUGCACUCUCUCUUCCGGAGAGACAGCCACUUAUCAGGAGCAGUGAGACAGAGGAAAGCCACCACCGGAACUACCAAACAACUAUCUGA